AUGACGACUGUAGAUAAUGAACAGAUUGUAAAUACAAUUGGGUCUGGUUCCUGCGCAGGACCGAUGGAAGAGACAGCACGCCGCGAACUACGCGUGUCGCUGGAACGCUUGGAUGUUGACAAUUGGUCUGACACUACUGACGCUUCGCGUGCAGAGCCGCGCUCGCCGCGCUUCUGGUCACGGAAACGUCAGCUUCCGUAUAUGGACGACGAUGGUAGCACAACGGACAGCUCGGUGCGUUCACCAAAAAUCUCUACUGCUGCUAUACACAACCGAAGAGGUCGAGGCAGGCCGGUUACUACUACUAGCGCCCGAGCCGAACAGACCACUGCCAAAGAGCAGCGAAAGAAAGGAAAAUGGGAAGCUCGUCAGGCAGACGCAGAAGAACAAGCUGUCGUUUAUACGAGCAAAUUGAAAAAAAUGAGAGCAUGGGCGCACUUGCUCGCCCGAGAUCUUACUGCUAAAGAGCUUACGGAGGCGGCUCAGGCCAGUACCGAAGCCAUCAUAUACUGCGCAAAAAAUAGCGGAAAUCUGAAAGGUACAUUUCAAAAUACCUUUAAUGAGGCUGCCACUACUAUCAGCACGGUGGUAGAGACGCUCAACAAGAGGACACAAAGUGAGGAAAUAGAAAAACUCACUAAGGCGAACGAGCAGUUAAAAAGGGAACUAGCAGAGCUUCGCAGCGAAAUUGCCAAACUCAAAGAAGACAAAAUCAACGCUGCGACUCCUCCGACAGCUGCAGCUGCAGACGAUAACGCCACCCCCGACGGGGCAUCACCCUCCAAUAUGGAGGAGUGGGCAGCGAAAAUAUUAGGUGUAGCAACGGCGCGGAUCAAUGCUCGAGUCGAAGGACUCGAACCGCGUCUAAACCCUGAGCCUCGGCUUCGCCCGGCCCUGGCUUUCGAGAAGAAGAGGGAGGAGGCCUCCUUACAGCCACCUCCCAAAACUAAGAAAUCCAAAGCACAGCCACCUGAACCACGUUCUUUACCGGCUAGAGAAGAAAUAACUGCCCCUAUUGUCGUAGAGGGAAAGGAGAGCAGUUCCAAAAGAAAGAAUCGGAAGGGGAAAACGCCAAAAGUGGCUCCAGCAGCCUCUGCCCCACCCGUCCCCCGACUCCUGCCGCCUGCACCGGCUUCCAUGAGCGAAGGCUGGAGCACGGUAGUGAAGAAGGGGAAGAUAAAUAGCAGCGGAGGGAAAAAACCACCUACCAAGGUGCCAAAGAAAAUGGCUCCGCCCGCACCGGCCAGGAUGCGUCCGCCCAAAUACGCUGCAGUGGUGGUAUCCGUUCAGCCUGGGGCUAACGAGAAGGGAUUAACUUAUGAAAAGGUUAUCGGCGAGGCGAAACGGCGAAUUGACAUUGCCGAAUUGGGCAUUGAGGCCGUUCGCUUUCGGAAGGCACUGACAGGAGCCACUAUAUUAGAAGUCUCCGGUACUGCAAGCGAUGAUAAAGCGGACUCCUUGGCGGAUAAGCUCAGGCAAAUAUUUAAGGAGGAGGAAGUGCGGGUGUCCAGACCUGUCAAGAGCUCCGAUCUCAGGGUGUCGGGGCAGGACGACUCGGUGACAGCUGAGGAGGUUGCAGCGGCGAUAGCUAAAUUGGGAGACUGCCCGACUGAUCAGAUCAAAGUCGGUGCCCCACGUCGCGAUCACACCGGACUUUUCGCCACGUGGGUUCGCUGCCCAAUCGUUGCAGCCAAAAAGGUGUUAGAGGGGCGCCUUCUCGUAGGAUGGGUCGCAGCUAGAGUGCGGCUCCUUCCUGCGAGAGAUCUUAGGUGUUUCCGUUGCUUGGAAGCAGGGCAUGUUCAAGCCGUGUGUCCGGCUGAAGUUGAUCGUAGCCGGCAGUGCUACAAGUGUGGGCAACUCGGCCAUAUUGCAGUAACAUGCACUAACGAGCCUCAUUGCUCGAUAUGUGCAGCGACCGAGAAACCAGCCGGACACCGAGUGGGUGCCAAAGCCUGCAAGGCACCGGCAAAGAAGGUAGGAAGGAGGGCAGCGGCAAGUGCACAUAGCCAGCCAGUGCCAUCCCACCCCACUGUGGGGCAAGAGGAGGUUGACAUGGCUGGAGAGUAA